UGUUUUCUUUCAGGUCUUUAGAACUACAGCCCAACUCUGAGGAUUGGGAUCCGAUUUGGAACUGUUUCCUUCUUCGAAUAACCGACCUAGGCCGACCCUGCCUGCAUCAGCCACAGCAGCAACCUCCAGCCCUAAAACAACUUCAUUACCUACAAAGACCCCAGCAGCCGACUCAGCCCACUUCUGAUGGAGACCUCCUCUGACAGUCUCAGAGGGUCUCACACUGGACCCAGUUACAAGACAAGCCAUGAGAGUCUUAGCUGUGAACCGGUCUAUCUUUCCUCUAUUACUGAGGAUCCCUGUACUUCCAAUGACCCUGGUUCUAGUCCUGCAACUGCUCGUGGCUCCACUUCUGGUCUUGACCAUUCUGGUCCUGACUCAAGUCUUUGUGAUAGCUCUGGUAGAGGUGCUGGUCCUACCCUUAAAUCUGGGCAUAGUCCAGUCUGUGUCAGUGUCUCUGAGGUCAAGCCAUGUGUUCCCACAAGCUUCAGAAAUCCUGGGGCUGACCUGGUCCUUAGUUAUACUUCAUGCUAUGGGGAACCUCAGAAACAACCACCUUGGCAAGGUUUGCAAGUACCAGAACCCGGUGCCCGGGGGUUAUGGAAGCUCCCUGAGGCUGAAGAGAAUUGUGAAUUUCUUAAUGAAGUGAAGCCAAGGGGCCAGUGUCUUCUCUACAACUGGGAGGAGGAGAGGGCCACCAACCAUCUGGAUCAAGUUCCAAGCAUGCAGGAUGGCUCUGAGAGUUACUUCUUCCGACAUGGACACCAGGGACUGCUGACCCUGCAGCUACAGUCGCCCAUGUCCUUCAGCACCACUCAGAAAGAUUCAUAUCAGUUCCCGAGAAAACAUCAUCAGCCUGUUCGAGGGAAGCGUGAAGCCACGCUGGAGCUGCUCCUGCACCACCAGAUCUGGUGA